UUUCCCCCUCCUCCCUUCAAGAGUGGAAGCUCGCCUCUUCGUCCGCCCUACUCCCUGCUUCCAGCCCCUGGUGGGAAGUGGGUGGUCCCCUAUAGACCUGGCCCCCCUCCAAAGAGCCGCUCUUUAUAGAAGGGGAAAAUCGGCUUAGCAGAGGGAGCCCAGCCGCGCCUGGCGGGCCCUACACCCACAAGAAAGAGUAAUGCCUUCUCCAGCCUCCCCCCAAGACGGUUUACAAGGGAGGAAGCGGGCAGCGAGAUGCCAGGCCCUCCCGCGGAACAGCUCUCCUGGGGUAGAGAUGGGGCUCCUCAUCCCUCACAGCUGGCUUCCAGGGGCCUCUGGGCCUCUCCUCUGUUCUGAGGCGAGCCCCGCUGGCUCCUUUCCGUGCGCUUUGUAAGCUUGGCUUCUGCAGCCAACCUGACGCUUCCCCCUGGGCUUGGCUGGAAUCCAGUCUGGGAUCAAAGGAAUGCGCCACUGUGCCGGUUGAAUUCCUACCCUGAAGCCUUCCAGACUUUAAGGUUUUAGCUGGUGUGGACGCAGACAUAAAGGGCGCCCCCCUAAGGCAAAGAAAAGAAUCGCGCCUAGAAUGAGCCUUUGGGCUUUGAGAAGGAUGCCGGCGUGGAGGUUGGGGAUGGAGCGUGGGCGAGGGUGUGUGAGAUUUCCUCCAGGAGAAUGUAAGAUUCCGGAAUGAAAGAGCACAAGAGAUCCACAGAAAUUGGCAAGCUGCUGGGCUCUUACCUGGAGAAGAAGAAAAACAUGGAGGACCACACAGUACACCUCCUUUUUUCUGCAAACCGCUGGGAGCAGGUACCUUUGAUCAAAGAAAAGCUCAGUCGAGGGGUCACACUUGUGGUAGACAGAUACGCCUUCUCUGGUGUGGCCUUCACAAGUGCCAAAGAGAAUUUUUCACUGGACUGGUGUAAGCAGCCUGAUGUGGGGCUCCCAAAGCCAGACGUCAUCCUCUUCCUUCAGCUGAGCUCAGUGGAGGCAGCAAAACGGGGAGACUUUGGCAAUGAGCGCUACGAAAACAACACCUUCCAGGAGAAAGCCCUACAGCGUUUCUACCAGCUCAUGAAGGACGACUCUUUAAACUGGAAGACCAUUGAUGCCUCUAAAAACAUAGAAGACUUACACAAGGAAAUUUACUCCCUUUCUGAAGAAACCAUUCAAAUGGUCCAAGAGAUGCCCGUGGGAGAGUUGUGGAAAUAGAACUGGCCCACCAGCUCUUUCAGCUUGACAGGAAGGAGAGAGAACGCCUUGGCACAGUCCAUCCAGCAGAAGGAAAAUCUGAUAGCACAGAAUGGAACAAGUUAAGCACUAGCCUUCGGUUUGAGACCACACUGUUGUGCGGUCACAGUUGUCAUCAGGAGGCCUGAACUGGAGGUUCUUAGUCCCAGCCGAGGUCACAUCCUGACUGGUUUCUUCAUUGAGGCCCAGAAUUACAGCAUAAAGGAAAUUAUUUUUCAGAGGAUCACAUUUGCUAAGCCACAAGAACGAUUUCAAGUUGAUUCUCAAUUCUGCAUCAAGAGAAAGCUCAUUCUCCUUUCUAACACUGUCCAGUUUCUUCCUCAGCCUUGUUUUUAACUUGAAUUAUAAAACCUAAGUGAAAUAAAUGAAUUGUUCCAUC